AUGUCAUUCUUUUCGCGUGUCUUUCGGAAGGAUGGGAAGAAAAAGAAGAAUGGCGUACAAUCAACUGGCCCCGUGAAGCCCCAAUGGACAGAUGCGUGGCUUCGAACGGAAGUCAGUCCAGAAGAGGUACAGGAGUUGUUGCGAGGAUGUACCAGGGAAUUGAAAGCCAGAGCUCUCGAUACCCCUUUCUUACUACUUCCCUUUCGCCCAACUUCAGACCCAAGUGCCGCCCGUACAUUCAUUCGUAAUUACUUUAGCCCUCCCCCAGAGAAAGCCAGAGCAUAUCGUGGGGAAGGUCUUGUUCAAGAAUUACGUCUCACAGAGCCGAUGGUGCUUUGUAGUGUUAUGAAAUGGUGUUGGAGUAGACUUCCCGGAGGCAUUGUCACAUGGGAAGCCUACGAGCUAUUCAAGGUUGGGGAACAAGAUUCCCAGCUUGCUCGUGAUGCCUUCUCGACCUUCAUUCCAAUAAGCGUGGAGUCAGACGCCAGAAGUAAAAUUAUCUUCGAUUUUUUCGAUCUCAUGGCUGCUAUUGCAGCUCACGGAAAGAAAAAUGGCCUUGGAGGCCGGAAGCUUUCCCGAUAUGCCGGCUGGUGGGCGUUUGAACAUACCGACACUGGAAAGGGUUUUGAAGCAAGCUACAAGACAUGGACUAGUGCUGCCGAUGCGACAAGUCAUUUAUUCUUUGCAUAUCUCCGGUCACUUUCCCCAGAUUCCGUCCGUGGCACUAAUGGCUUUGCUACUCUUCCUCUGUCACUACAAACCCUACUCCAGGCGACAGAGUACCCGCCUGAAGCACCGUCCUUGCUUCAAUCUCGGACUACCAAAGUCGUUAUGAUUGUCGAUACCGUUUCCCCAACCCCAUUCGCCCUGUUGCGACGUGCAAAGAACUUUGAAUAUAGGGAUAGCGACGUUAUUCUCAGAAAUUUCUCAAGUUUUGAUGAUCCGGCUCAGGCUCUAAGCGACGAGUGUCGUCGUGUUCUUAGAUGCAUCUCCACAACUAACCAGUCAGAUGUUUCCACAACUAAAGCUUCUACCAGCCUUCGCGAUGCCUCCUGGUCCCGUUUCGAAGAUGUUGGGUUUGGGAGCACGAUUGAGGAGUCAGAUGGAGAGGAGGACUCGACCCUCAAACGGUCCGGCCAAGUUGGGCUAAGAUCAGCACCCGCAUCACGCACAGCCGAUCUUGGACGGCCCACUACACCAUCUUGGGCAGACUUCUUGUCCACCGGAUUUGCAGACGAUAACCAGAGCCACGAUCGACCUCCCCUACUUCUUCCUCCCGAUAAAGUCCUCCCGCCCAUUCACACAGUACGUGGUCAAAGUUCGCAAUCUCACAAGCGCUCAUUUGACCAAGGGUCGACUCUUGACCCUGGCGAGUUGGCCAGCAUUUCUGUCCUGGAUCUUGAUGAUUCGUUCUGGUGGGUUUGGAUAUCCAGCUUGGCUGGAGAAGAGUCUGCUGCACGCAAGGCAGUGUUUGGUCGUUGCGCGCUACUCGAAACUAUUAUUUCCAAUGGUCGAUGGCUCAUCCUGGAGGAGCAAGUCAAAGGAGCGGCACCGGAACCCGAUGCGGAUGCCUACAUUGCAGAGAAAAAGACUUUCUUUGGCUUCAGGACUAGGAAAGGGAGAUUGGCCCGGCGUCAAUCUACCGUCAAAAAGAAUGGCGAUCUGUAUAAAUCUGCUAACAGUAGUCUCCCGGCGAGCAGAACCAGUAUUGGCCCUGACCAACAUGCCAGGAUACAGGCCGCUGCAGCCGCACUUCAAAGAAAACAUAGAGAGGAACAGGAGCAAGCCAUGGCAACCCAUACCAGACAUGAUGAUACGUAUUCAACUAGGACUAACUCUGUUCUUACAUUACAGCCGUCCAUUCUGAAUGAGGCAUCUCAUGCGAUGAAAUGGGCUAGCAACUAUGAUAAGAAUGCUGUUCGAGCUGCUUACCUUGGAAAUAGCCGCGCAGGUACUGGUGUUCCCGCGGAAAAUCUGGAUAUGGCCUGGAAUGGAACGUCUACACCUACUGGACUCAGACGUAGUGCAGAAAAGGAGCCAACUCCCCCACCAAAGGAGGUGAAAUUUUUCUCUCCGGAGCCUGCAUCUGAAGCUGCGCCUCCGCCCCCGGCUAAGGAAACUUCGCCAGAGGUGCCAGCUCCAGCACAGGUAGCCGAGCCUACCCCUACGAAACAAGAACCUGGUGAGCCAACAUUUCCUAAAGUUAUACCAUCCACUGGCAGGCCAUCUGGAGAAUUCUCUCGUGAUCACAAUAAACUGAAGAAAAAACCAGGAACCUCAGGAAUCAAAGCACUCUUCGGCAAGAAGAAGUCCGAGCCCGUGGGCAGGUCCUCGACGGAGAAUGCGGCCGCAGCUGCGGCAACAAAGGCUUUUCUCGAGAGCCGUCCAGCACCACCGGCUCAGUUGGCCCCAAAGACUGUAGUCACCAAUCGCAUGUCAAACUUUGGUCAAAGAAAGCCAUCCAAUGAAUCAGCGAGGUCGGCUACUAAAUCACCAACCCCUCCUGUCGUGGAACGAAAGCCUGCCCCCGUUGCCGCCGCCGCUGUUGUUGCUACUGUUGCAUCACCAGUUUCGUCGCCCGACCCGACUCCUAUUCCAACCCCAGCUCCAGCUCCAGCAAUGCCUGCGUAUGAUGGACCGCCAAAGCACCGAAGAGAGGCCGAAUUUGACCAGCUGUCUCGUAUUAAUACCGAUGAACAGGCCGAGGCAGAUCGCCAUUUCUCUAACUUUGACCACCAGAGCCCUAUUGUGGACCAACCGGCUUUUGUGCCAAUGGACACGCCCAUAUCUGAGUCCUUUCCUACGCGGACACCAACACCUCCACCUGUCAAGAUGCCAGAAGCUGCUCCGCCUCCUGUACCGAAGGCCGAACCCCCAGUUGCACCUGCAGCUGCACCAACAGUCAAGCCUCCAGUUAUCAGCAAGCCUGUCAAUGGGAACGUUGUAUCCAACUCCACUGCCGCUCCCGUUGACCCACAGACGCAGAUCCAAGAUCGCUGGGCGCAAAUUAGAAAGAACGCCGCUGAGAGAGCCGGAGUUGCUGAGGAGUCGGUUGUCAAAAACAGUAUCCCCGAAAAGUCUAGUAACCAGGACUCAACGCAGGAGUCUAUUGAACUGCGCGCUGCUCGCAUUCGGGCUCGUGUUGCUGAGUUGACCAAGAACAUGGAAGCGUCUCGAUAG